UGACAGCUAAACGUAAUUUUGUUAAUGGUUAAUGAAGGCAAUUGAUGAUGGAAAUGGUGAUUUAUAUUUCCUGGAUGCCCCUGGUGGAACUGAGAUGGAGGGUGGUGUGAAAAUGUAUUCGGGAGUAGCUGUCGUUUUGAUCUUCACCUGUUUUGUAUUCUGCGCAGAAGCAAAUCCAAUCGUGGGAAUUUGCAUAACUAACUGUGCACAAUGCAAGAAAAUGUUCGGCCCCUACUUCGAAGGACAGCUCUGUGCAGAUACGUGUGUCAAGUUCAAAGGAAAGAUUAUUCCCGAUUGUGAAGAUUUAGCUUCCAUCGUACCAUUUUUGAACAAAUUCGAAUAAGAUCGACAUUCACCAUCUGUCUGCUUCUUUUGAAAAUUGUUUUGGGUAGAGCAUUCAACAAAUCUAGAAAAAUGUCUAGCUGAAAAAUAUUACGGAAUUCGUUUCCUCAAUUCCGCAAUCAAAUGAUAUUUAUAACUGUAUUUAUUUACAUUCUUAUUUAUGUCGUAUUAUAGGAUACUCAUUAUUUUAGCAAAUUUCAUCUGUGAUUUUUAAUUAAGGUAUUUAUGUGCAUUUAUUUAUAUUUAAAUGUAAUA